AAGUGGAUUGGGAUUGAACCACAACUACAUCUAUGUCAACAGAAGGGUAUCCCAAGUCCUCUCGCCCUUUGCUUGGGUCUUGCCAGUCUCCUCUCUCUUCUACCUCUGGCUGCUGCUUUGCCGCAGCGGCAGCAGUGGAGAAGAGAGAAUCGGCCUGAUUUACGUCGACAACGCGGGCAGGCAAAAGGCCAUGCCGCCUCCUGGUUACUUCCAGUAUCCCCCCUCGCCCUCGGGUGUCCACUCGUCGCCCUCGUCUCACCACUCCAUGAGGUCUCCGGCCGCCACCUCCGAUAGAGAAAGGUAUUUAGCUGAACUACUUGCUGAAAGACAGAAAUUGGGGCCAUUCCUACAAGUAUUACCAUUUUGUUACAGGCUUCUAAACCAAGAAAUCAUGCGGGCUUCUGCUUUUGUAUCUAACCCAAAUUUUGUUGAUCAUGAGAGAAUUGAGCAUGCAUCUCCUCUAAGGGUGACUGGACACCCAUUAGGUAUUGGACCCAUGGAUCUGGAAGGACGGUCAGGAAUGCACAUGGAGGAAAAUGAAUACUUCCAUAGAAUAGGAGUCCUCCAAGCUUCAACUACUGACUGGGGUGGAACUCCUGCAGUUACUAAAAGCCCUAUUGUAAAGAAAGUUAUUAGACUAAACGUUCCUGUUGACAAGUAUCCCAAUUAUAACUUUGUUGGACGUCUAUUGGGACCUCGUGGGAAUUCCUUAAAAAGAGUCGAAGCUUCAACACAAUGCAGGGUUUACAUACGAGGACAGGGUUCAGUGAAAGAUUCCAUUAAGGAGGACAAUCUAAGGGAUAGACCUGGGUACGAACACCUAAAUGAACCACUGCACAUAAUUGUGGAAGCAGAAUUUACUGAUGACAUUGUUGAUGCUCGCUUAAAUCAAGCAGUGUCCACACUGGAAGAUCUUCUGAAGCCUGUGGACGAGUUCAUGGACUACUACAAGAAGCAACAACUGAGGGAGCUAGCCAUACUCAAUGGUAGUUUGAGGGAAGAUAGCCCCAAUAUGAGCCCAAGUGCAUCCCCAUUCAACAACACAUGCAUGAAACGGGCAAAAACAGGACGAUGAUCUGAUAAUUUUGGGUAAUCGACUAUUAAAUCUAGUGUUCCAGCAGGGUCUUGCGACUUGUGAGAUGAUACCUCAUCAGUCUGUCAAGGUGACCAUAUCGUUCUUUACCUAGUUAUUCAUUAUGCAAUUUCUCUAGGAGCGUUGCUAUCACAUUUAUCCAUCCUUUUAUCUGUAUGAACUUCUUCCCUUAAACUGAAGCUAGUGCAUCAUAAACUUCUGGUCUCUUGCUGUGUUACAAUAUCGUAUCUUCUGUUUGUUAAAUAAAAGUACUUGAUGCUUAUGAUUCA